AUGUGCGGACGAUUUGCCUUUGGCGUAAACUUGAAUGAAUUACCUAACGACUUUGGAAACGCGGUAGUUUCAGGGGCUGAACCACAAGAAACCAAUGAUCUAUUAUUUGAAUAUACAAUUGGAGAAGAUGGACAAAAUAGACAUAUCCAAUACGAUAUAUCAAAAGCCACUGGUCUUGAUCCUUCCUAUAAUAUCGCUCCUACAAACCCAGCAUUGAUACUAUAUAUGGUUGAAUCUCCAGAAGGAGUUGAUGAGACAUAUGUACUUGAAAAGCUGAAAUUCGGCCUUGUUCCAUCAUGGGCCAAACCCAAAGACCCUAUUCCAGUCAGACAGGGACAGGAUAACGAAGGUGAAAAGUAUUCGCGUGAAAUAUCGAGAUAUGCGAGUAGAUUUUUCAAUUGUAGACGGGAAUCAUUAAAAGAAAAGGCACCUCAAUGGAAUGCGAGUAAGAAACAUAGAUGUGUGAUUCCAAUUACGGGAUAUUUCGAAUGGUUGAAAGCAAAAUCAUCAAAGACUCCUUAUUAUGUUCAUGCUACUAAUGAAAAGAUCAUAUAUCUUGCUGGAAUGUACUCACACAAUUUCAAUUAUAAUGAGAUUAAGAAUAAUAAAGACUACUUAUCUUCUUUUACGAUUAUUACUGCCCCUGCAGUUAAGACUGAUACUAAUGAUGUUUCAUGGUUACAUGAUAGAAAACCAGUUAUUCUUACCCCUCGUUCAAAGGAAUGGUUUGCGUGGUUGGAUCCAAAUAAAGAAUGGGAUGAUUCGUUAAUUGAUUUUGCAUUGAAUUCAACGACUAAUGCAGGAAGUAUUAAGAUUGAAGGAUAUCAAGUUUCGGAUGAUGUUGGAAAACCCAUGAAUAAGGGAGAGGAAAAUAUUAAGAGAGUUAAAGCAAAACCUUCAAUUAGUGAAUUUUUUAAGAAGAGACUGAAUAAAGCUGAAAUGAAAUUGGAAGAGCGUGGCGUCAAGGAAGAGGAGCCAAGUGGCAGUGGUAUUAAGAAAGAAGAAUCGGAUGAAAAAGAUAUCAAAAAAGAAGAAGGCGCGGAUGACAGCGGUGUCAAGAAAGAAGAAGAAGAAGCACCUAUCCGAAGUGUUAAGAAAGACUUAGAUGAUAGCGGCAUCAAACGCGAAGAAGAUGACGGGCAUGUUAAAGUCGGGGACGCGGAUAUUAAGAAACAAAUCUAUGAUCGAGUUCUUCAGUUGAAGACCAUGGACCAACAGGGUAAGAAAUCAAAAGGAGAUAACGUAGUAGACGAGAUAGGUGAAGCAGUACAAAUUCUGAACGAGGAAGCUGCCAAAUUUGAAGAUGAAGUUCAAGAGAGGGAACCCUCAGAAGAAGAGAAAGGAGAAGAAGCACCUAUCAGAAGCAUCAAGAAAGACAUAGAUGAUAGCGACAUCAAGAAUGAACAAGGUGAAGGUCAUGUUAAACUUGGUGACAUGGACAUUGAAAAGGAAGCCUAUCAGGGAGGUUUUAGGUUAAAGGUCAAAGAAGGUAGGAAAUCAAAUGUAGUAGACGAAAUAAAGGAAGCAGUGCCAAUUCUGAACGAGGAAGCAGCAAACUUUGAAGAUGAGAUUCAACAAAGGGAAACAACGGAGGAUGUACAGGAAGAAGAAGAACCAAGAGAAGAACAAGAGGAAGAAGAAGACGAUGUAGGUGAAGAAAAUGCUGGGGAAUUAGAAGCAGAGGAAGGUGAAGAUUACGAAAAUGAUGAAAUAGAUCAAGAAGAGAUGGAAGCCGAGGAAUUUGACGAAGGUAAUGAGAACCCCGAUAAGGAAGUUGUUGAAGAAGAGGAGGUAAAGGAUCUUGUUGACGAAGCUACUAGUGGUUACGACAGUAAUGAAGAAGUGGAGCAAGAAGAGUUGCCAAUGAAGAGAAGUAAACAGGGAGGAGAGGAAAAUCGACAACGAAAGAAAUCGAAGAGUAAAGCUACACCCAGAGUAGCAGUAAAUCCUCGUCCUUCACGCAAGGCAAAGACUCUUGCUAAUGAACGGGUCAAAGCUGAAAUUCCGUUUAUUUAG